UCCAGGGUGGACGUGACGGAGGACGGGCUGAAGGCCCUGGUGACCCUCUCGAGCGGGGACAUGCGCAGGGCCCUCAACAUCCUGCAGAGCACCUCCAUGGCCUUCGGGAAGGUGACGGAGGAGAACGUCUACACGUGCACGGGACACCCCCUCAAGUCAGACAUCGCCAACAUCCUCGACUGGAUGCUCAACCAGGACUUCUCCACUGCCUACCGAAAAAUCACGGAGCUGAAGACGCUGAAGGGCUUGGCCCUGCAGGACAUCCUGACCGAGCUCCACCUCUUCGUGCACAGAGUGGAUUUCCCGCCCUCCAUCCGCAUCCAGCUGCUGAUCAAGAUGGCAGAUAUCGAGUACCGGCUGGCCGCUGGCACCAGCGAGAAGAUCCAGCUGAGCUCCCUCAUCGCUGCCUUCCAAGUCACCAGGGACCUGGUGGUGGCCGAAGCCUGAGUCCUGCUGGGUGGAUCCUGGCUUGGAUCUCACUGGGGAUGGGAGGGAUGGAGCUGGAGCUGCUCCCUGCAGCUUUCCCUUCCCAUUUUGGAAGCCUGGAGCCCGCAGCCAGGACACAAGAGGGUUACUCCCAGGAAAUACAGGUGCCUCUAAAG